AUGCAGGAAAACGCCAAGAAGAACAAUUAUUCAAGAGUUUCUGACAUACGCUUGAGCUCAGCAGCUGCUGAGGAGAAGAAAAAAGAGAGUGAAAACAACUAUUUUGAACAACUGCCUCCAGAAGUCAUUUUAAACAUUUUCGGUCAGCUGGACAUUCAGAGUAUGUGCCGGGCUUCCAUGACAUGCAGGAGCUGGAACGACGUGAUAAGAAACAGUGACUUCUUAUGGAAACCACACUGUUUGGCUGUGAGAACUGUGUGCCAAAGAGAGGUGGAUGAGGAUCUAAAAAGUGGGCAUUCCUGGAGGGUAACACUGCUGAGGAAUUACCAGAAGAGUAAAGUGAAACGUGAAUGGCUAAGUGGCAGGUAUAGCAACAUAUGUUCUCCCAUUAGCCUUCCAGAGAAAACUAUGCACCCAAUGGAUGCCGAUACCUGGGGAGAAAUUCUAGAAGUAGAAUUGGAACGGAAAAAGAGUACACGUCCUGUAACCUUGAGAUUUUAA